AUGCGUAGGCCAUCUCAGCCGCAUUCAGCCCUAGAGCAGGAGCUUGCUAUGCUCCUGCACACUCAGAAGCAAGUAGAGGAGGGCUACCCAACCAUGUACGGCCAAGAGUACGAAAUGACCCGGGAAAUUCGAAACCGGGUGAGGACGAUCAAGAAUCGUCUUGCUGCAAAGAAAUCGAGGGAUCAGGCCCGGACGCAUGUGCAGAAGCUCGAGAGCGGCAUAUCCGAGAUCUCCUCCCGCAACGAGACCCUGUCGAAGAAGUUGGAGAUCACCGAGGCUGACAAUGUGAAGCUUCGAGAGGAGGUGUCAAGGUUGAAGGAGCGAGUAGCCGAGCUGGAGAGGAGCACAAACCCUUGCACGGAUGCUCGAACGCUCGUCAACUCCGGGGCAGACGUGAGUGCCAAGUUCAAGGGAGAGUAUCCCAUCCACCUUGCUGCGCUCUACGGCUGCUCGCUGCCCGCCCCGUUCGAGGGUCAGCCAUGUGUCCUGCAAGUUCCUGCGAGCUCCGAUGCGCAAGCGCGUCAGAGCAACAUGUGCAUGCACAAGGACGUGAUGGAGGGAGCUGAGAGGUUCGAGCAGAACGUGGCGGCGCCUCCACCAGCUACCGAGCCUUUCGUCACUGUCAAGUCUGAGAGACGGAGGGCGCAGAAUAGGGACGCACAGCGGCGGCAUCGUGAGCGCCAGAUGUUCCUGCAGAGCAGGGAGCCGCAGGCGGCUCUAGAGUACGACAUGGCGGCCUACAGGAGCGAUCUCAGCGCUAUGCAUCCUGAACUGCUUGUUUCAGCUGGAGCUGGAGCUGGAGCUGCGUUCCGAGGGAACGCUGAGGACGAGAGCUCGCAAACGACGCAGGAUAACGACCAGGAUAGCAGCAAUUACAGCUCCGAGGAGUACUUCGAGCCCGCAGGCAAGAUGGAGUUUGAUCCAACCUCGUUCCCGGAGAGCCUCUCCAGGAAGGGUUCGUUUGGAAGCUUGAUCCUCUCACGAAGACCAUCCGACGACAUCAAGGAAGUAGACAUGCUCCUGCAAGCAAACAUGCAGUACAUGGAGCCGAUUUGA